AUGGAGAGAAUAGAGGAAUGGAAAGAGAUCCACCAUGACAAGAUCCAGGACAUAUUUGACAUAUUUGACAAAGGAUAUGGGAGCGCGCCAGAUGCUCAGAACGAAUAUAUCUCCAGACUGAUGGCAGAUUAUAGAGUCGACAGGAAUCAUGCAAAAGCCGAACUGGAGAAGCAUCAUGGGGACCUAGAAGCGGCCAAUCGCGCCUGUGCUGAACAUGCAAGAUUGGCCAAAACAAGGCUUGAGACUGAAGCUGUGAUCCCGACCAGGGAUACACGACGUCCUCCUGAUGUUACACCCCGUGACCGAGUUAUACCUGUUCUUGGGGUUGAUGAAUCUUCUCCAUCAUCACAAGCCGCAUGCCCAUCACUGGGUGAUGGGUGGAUGGUGUCGGAUUUCUAUAUGUGGAUGCAUGUUCUGCAAGGAAUGGGAAAAAGCCAGGAGUGGAUCACAUCCAUGACUCCUAAAUAUCUAAUUGAGAAAUAUGGACGAGAAGAUCGAACCACAAUGAGUUCAAUGGAGAAUGAUGAGGUUGGGGUAGAAAAGCCCGUGCAAACCAAGUGGUCAUCCGGGUUCGUCCACGGAGACCCGUUCGAGCCCCGGAAAGUGGUUCUCGAUGGUGAAUUACUUCCCUUAGUCCAAGAAAAGGUCACCAUUGGACCAAAAGGCAAAAGCCUGCGAGACUUUUUCUUACAGCGCUUAGCGGACAUAGUCACUGAAGCUGCAGCAUCUGGAGACAGGGUACUGAUAAUGAUUUUUGCACAUGGAAAUUACGAUACUCUGGGUGGAUUAGGGAUUGGAAUGGAUUCAAGCGAGGGAAGACGUGACCCCAAUGGAUUUAUAACGCCAAAGCAUAUCAAGUCCAUCCUUCUACCUUUUCCACAUACCAAGGUGACAAUCUAUAUGACGUCCUGCUACUCGGGCCACUGGGUAGAGACGACCGAGUUCCAAGCAAUCGACCUUCACCCAGCAGUGCUAGCAGCUGCUGAAAAAGAGCAAGAAUCGUUUGGGCUUGUGUGGUCGAACUCACAGCGACAUGCGGCCGGCCUCUUCUCGUCAGCGACAAUUGGAGAAAUUGUGAAGGAACCGGCGACGUUACCACCUGAUACUGAUGCUGAUACAUCUCGAGAGUAUCGGGAAGUCACCACGGCAUUGGUCGCUGAAAUGCAUCGACUAUGCCCACCCAUAAACAUCACUUCGGGGUGGGGCUCAUCACCUGUCUUCACGGACAACGAGUCCCAUGCGAAAUUUUGGAAGCGACCGGGUUACAGCCUCGAUGUGUAUAAAAGGAAUUACGACAGGCUCCGGACAAUCCCAGCGUCUGACCGACGGAGGGAGCUUGAGACUGAAUUAGUCGACCGUAAUGACCCGGAAAUCCUAGCCUGGCAGGAAAGACACCCAGGAGUCCUUGACGAAGACUACCUCAAAGCUACAGGCGGUUAUGGUGCGACGAGAAGAGGGCUGCUUUCCUUUUCGAGUAUGAAUUACCUUGUAACCAUGUACUUCCGGUCAAAGCCAGGGUUUCAUACCAUGGAACAUCGCCACUUGAUGCACUCAAUCCGUGCGUUCUAUUCGAAGGAAUUGGACCAUGAUCGGGCCCUAACUCUCCGAUACCUAUUAGUGGGUCGUCUGCAAGCAAAUAAACAAGCGAACCAGGGCGCUCAGCUGCUUGGUCUAUACAGACUACCCCCAAUCGAAAAAUGGACGCUUUCACACACGAGCAAAUGUUAUGAUUAUCACCUUUUCUGCCAGUUUUCGUGGCAGAUAGCGGAUUCACGUCUAUUCCACCUAGAGCCCAUGUCAGAUGGGACGCGAGGUUUUUAUUAUCGUAAGCCAUCUCAAUAUGUGGCUGCUGCAAUGGCUCUCGCUGGUUAUGACAAGUCAGAUGUUACGGCUGCGAUUGAAAAACUCUGGGAUGCGCGGAGGAAUAACCUCGCGGAUCAGGUGGGGUUGGAUCUUAUGAAGUCUGUUCAAUGCUCCAAGUUGAUUACAGAUAUCCGGUCAAUUUUGCGACAAAGCUGGAGAACGUCACCCCAUAGACAAAGUCAUUCUGCUCUAUCAAGUAGCAGUGAGGUUUCGCACUGGAAGCUUUUUAGGGAGUUCCUGACAUCCAGUACUAGGCCCUAG